AUGAAUCCAAACAAAGGACCUGGCACUCCCCUGAGUGGUGAUGGCGUUGAACCAAUUCUGGGCGCAACUAUAAAAACUGACGAGGUAACUGGAAAAAUUGUGAUAGCACGUAUAAUGCAUGGCGGAGCUGCCGAUAGAUCAGGUUUGAUUCACGUUGGAGAUGAAGUCUGUGAAGUCAAUGGAAUCAGCGUCGAAGGCAAAACUCCGAAUUGCGUUCUGAAAAUUUUGCAAAACUCGGAAGGUACUAUUACUUUCAAGAUCGUACCAGCAGACAGCAAAGGAGGUAUCAGAGAAAGCAAGGUGCGUGUCAGAGCGCAUUUUUCAUACAAAGCAUCCGAUGACCCUCACACACCAUGCAAAGAAGCCGGCCUCGAUUUCUCAAAAGGAGACGUCCUUCACAUCGUGAGUCAGGAUGACAUCUACUGGUGGCAAGCAAGAAGGGAGGGUGAUCGCAAUAUGCGAGCAGGAUUAAUUCCUAGUAGAGCCCUACAGGAACGCAGAAUUAUUGUCGAGAGGCAGCAAAAAGAGAAAGUAGAUGAGGAUACGAUAAAGAACGACGACUUUGACCGCGAAGAAAUACCUACCUACGAAGAGGUCGCGAAACUUUACCCGAGGCCUGGUCUCUACCGGCCGGUGGUUCUCAUCGGACCACCGGGAGUUGGCAGAAACGAACUCAAAAGGAGAGUCAUGGCAAGUGAUCCUGAAAAGUAUAAAACACCUGUGCCAUAUACUUCAAGACCGCCUAGACCCGGAGAAAUUAACGGAAAAGAGUACCACUUCGUCAGCAGGGAAAAGAUGGAAGAGGAUAUAGAAGCUGGGAAAUUUAUCGAGUACGGCGAAUACAAAGGAAAUUUAUAUGGUACCAACGCAGAGAGCGUUAGUUCACUGGUUGAUGCUGGGUAUAUUUGCAUUCUGAAUCCUCAUUAUCAAGCGCUAAAAAUGUUAAGGACGCCCAAAUUAAAGCCUUAUGUCAUUUACAUCAAACCGCCCCGGUUCGAAGUUUUGAAGGAAACAAGGAAUGAAGCUAGAGCGAGAUCCACUUUUGACGAAGCGAAUUCUCGGGGUUUUACGGACGAGGAGUUCAAUGAGAUCCUACAUAGUGCGGCUAGAAUAGAAUUUAUUUACUCGCAUCUCUUCGAUGAAGUGAUUGUGAAUGCUGACUUGUCGAUGGCCUUUGAGCAACUCGUGAAUGCAAUUCAAAGAGUCGAGUCAGAAGCUCUUUGGGUGCCAGCGUCGUGGAAAAUGAGGAGAAAUAAGAUGGAUUAUGAGGAUUGUGGCGAAAUAAAGACAAUAAGAAGUUUAUCAGGCCAGUCAAUCGUUAAUAACUACAGUAUAGUUGCUUCUCGUGGUGAGCUAGCCCGAGACCAUUUUUGUGAAUCGACAAGAAAGAAUAAAACUCUUUUGAACGAUGGAAAAAUGUUGAGUGGAGAGACUCGAAGACAAUCUCCUGUGCAAGGUCGGCGUGGAAGUAGGGAUACCAAAGCUGCUUCUAUGAAAAAAUCUGUCUCGGUACCUGCGAAUCUCAAAGGGCUUUCUGGACGAGAGAAGACUGUAGAAGAGAGUGAACUUCCCGAAGAGCAAAUCCUGAGUAGGUCCUCCUCUUUUUUGGGCAACCUCCCGGCGUUACCAGCGUUGCCUGACCGAAACCGUCACCUGAUCGACGCCCGCGCCGCUGUCACGCUGCGACCCGCGAAAGAGAAAGCGAAAGCGCAGAACACCAAUGGCUUUCGAGAGGACGAGACUCGACUCUCCUCGGCCCUAAAAAGAUAUUCCUUGUCCUUUUCCAAUCGGAAAAUCACUUUCGGCAGCAAACCCCUUUCCAAAAAUUCCACCGACUCCGCAAAGAAGUCCGUCUCCUUCAGUUCGGACACUGGCAUUCAAGAAAAGAAGAGCUUCCGUUUCCGGAAAACGGCCAUUCACGAGGCCAAAGUUUACAAAAAGGGAGUCCUUAGGGAUCCGAGUACGAACGAAGAAUGUGGAAAAGCAGGGUCUAAAUUGUGGGAAGCCCCUCUCGGGGGGCCGUUUGCUCUCCUUAGGGUGGCUCGGGAGGCCGAUGAUGAAGCUCUAGAAAAAAUCAUCACACGAAUAGCAAAGUUUGGAAUGGGUGACAUAGAUGUUAAUUUAAAGGAUAGCAGUGGCAGGACGGCUACAAGCUACUUAGCUGGAAAUGGUUCAACCUCUAUUUUGGAAGCAGCCUUAUCUUUCACUGGAAUUGAUCCUAAUAUUCCAGACAAUGAGGGAAACACACCUCUGCAUUUUGCAGCACAAGCUGGUCAAACAGAGUGUUUGAAUAUACUUUUGCAGAGAUGCAUUGGAAUUGAAGUCAAUAUUAGAAAUAAUUUCGGUUUCACACCCUUAAUGAAGGCUGCGCUUCAGGGACGAACAAAGUGUGCAAAAAUCUUACUGUUUGCUGGUGCCAAUCCAACACUAAGAGAUCAUGGUCGAGGUUUCAGGGCAGACCAAUGGGCAAAAUUUUGCGGAAGAUACGUUUGUGCGGAAGUUAUUGAACGGUUUGCCCGGCAUCGACUUUUGGAAAAAACUAAUACCUGUCGUUGGGGCAGUGAACCGGAAUUGGCAGCCAAAGUCUUUACGGGCAGGGUAAUUCCGUUUCAAAUGAACCCACAUCCAUCAUCAAUGGGUCUUCGGUCAAGAUUAAAAAGGGUUUUCCGUACCUCUUCUGGCCCCGAUCGUACUUUUUCAUUAGUUAGUCAAUUAACGAGUGCAGCUCUUUGUGUCUCAAGCGCUGCUUUGCCAACACCGGAGGAUGUUCCUCCCAUAGUUAAAAAUCUUCUUCGUCCUCUCAAUGUUCCUCAAUUGCGGAUAACGCUGGUACAAGACAGAAGCAACAAGUGCUCAACUAAUUUUUCUGAAAAAAUAGAGAGCACGAUAGCGAAGAAAAAAAGCAAAUAGCGACUCAUUCUCGCAUCAAACUAAAAGACAUUUCAAAAUUUUAUUCUGAUGGCAGUUUCAUCCAAGAUGGAACACAUCGAACUUUUAAAUAUCCGAAUUUCGAUUCUACGAAUAUUAAGACUUAACCUUUUUUUUUAACUUUGUAAUCAUUAGAAUAAUAAUUUUAGAAUUAAAUAAUAGAUAUCUAACAAAAGAAAUAUUUUUUAAAGCUGAUUUGAUAAUUGUAGAAUUAGGUUAGAGCGAGAGAAUUUUUUUCAGUUCUAAUAAGAUGAAAAAGUUAUUGAAUGUGGUAAAAAAAAUCUCCUACAGAUUAAAAUGAAACAUUUCUUUUUAGAGAAAAUGAUUCGUUCCCUGAAACAAUGAGGUAUGUGCGAUCAU